AUGAGCGACCUCAGCAAAAACGACAUCGAAAGGGCAUCUUUCGCCUUCUCCAUCUACGACUUCGAUGGCAGCGGCAAGGUCGAUGCCUACAACCUGGGUGACGUCCUGAGGGCGCUCAACUCAAACCCCACACUGGCUACGGUCGAGAAGCUCGGAGGCACAAAAAAGAAGGGCGAGAAGAUGCUCACAGUUGAAGAGUUCCUUCCCAUCUACGCCCAAUGCAAGAAAGACAAAGACCAGGGCGUCUAUGAAGACUUCUUAGAAUGUCUGAAACUGUACGACAAGAAUGAGAACGGUUUAAUGCUUGGCGCCGAACUUACACACACACUCCUUGCUUUAGGUGAGAAGCUUAGUGACGCAGAAGUAGCAGAAGUUACAAAGGACUGCAUGGACCCUGAAGACGAUGACGGCAUGAUCCCAUAUGCAUCAUUCCUGAAGAAGAGGCAGGCAAGUAUGAAUGUAGCUUUCGAUGUUGUUUCUGUGUCGUUGUUUAAGUUUCAGCGGGGUUCUAUUCAAUGCGGGGUGUACUUAGCUUUAGCUUUCCUUAAAAAAAUGGUUGAAGGCUGGCCACCUAAAGGCUCGGAGGCAGCGGCACCUGCAGAGGCGCCCGCGCAAGGCUAA